AUGUCUACCAAACCCACCACCGACUAUGUCGAAUCCACGGAUCCUCCAGGGUCCAAGUCCAAGGCCCAGAUGCUGACCGACGUCUUCGCUCUGGCCACCCAGUUCAGCACCUGCGUCGAGGCCUUCAACCUCAUUCACCCUGUCAAGGACCACGACCAUGCCCAAAAGGUUGCGCUCGCCAAGCUCGGCAUACAGCAGGGCAGGCUGCUCAUCUUUGGCGACGCCGUGGGCAUCUCUGCGCCCCCGGCUACCAUUGCCCGACACAUGAUUCCCAGCCAUCCAGGCGCCACAAAUCCUGACCCCCAUCUGCCUGUCAACUUUGGCAUUCGCGACCCCAGGCUGGACGAAGAGGUCACCAACGCCAAGGUCAGGCGGGCGCUUCAUGAAAUUGCUGGCCGCCCCAGCAACAUGUCCCGAGACGAACUGAUGAACCUGUAUGGCUUGAAGAGCCCAAAGACUUUUGCAAAGACCGAGUAUCCCGCGCUCGACACCAAUCGUCUCGAAGGCUUCCGCGAAAAGUACCGCUUGCUAAAGGACCUCCUGACGCAGACGGGUGCGCGCGCGAGCCUCAAGCGCAACCCCAGCAUGACCACAUCGCACUGGCAGGUCAAGGACACGGCGCGCUUCAACGAAUUCAUCAAGCUAGUGCGCACCGAAGUCGACGCUCUGAUUGACCUCAUGGGCGUGAAAGAGCAGGUCGACCGCGGAAUCCGAUCCGAUCUCAAGAGCAUGGGCUGGCAUCCAGAUCUAAGCGGGCCAACCGUACGCCACGACUGGGAGAAGCUGCGUCUGAUCCGCGAGGCCUGCGAAGUCGACUACCCAGAGUACAUUGAAGUCAUCGACAAAGCCCUGCAGUACAUCAGCGAGGAGCUCAAAGAAACCAGCCUCGCCCAACACCGCAUCACCCUGGGCCUCGCAACAUCCAAUCUUGAAAAGUCGAGCGAAACAAGCCGUCGAAAGUCUGGUCAAGACAGCCGCUCUACGCCUACAUCCCCCAUGGCCACCACACCUACGCCCAAACCCGAACUGAAAUCCCACAUCCAACUCGCCGCCGAGCGCGCCCUCAACAUGCACCCAUCGACCGACCGCCGCCCCAGCUGGCUCUCCAUGUUCAAAUUCAAAUCCUGGAAUAGAAGCAAACAAUCCUCGUCACCAGCUUCACCUGACAAACAACACCGCUCAAAUAGCGUUCCAUACGCCACCCCCACCGUGGAUCCCCAGCGCUCGCUCUCCACCACAGGCGCUCCGCCCCGCGGCUCCGAAGACUCAGCCUCCAACGUCUUGCAAGCCGUACGCUCCAAAUCCGUUGGCGCCAUCCCACAGUCCCCUGUUGAUAGCCUUGAUGCCCGCGUCCGCAGCAUGUCGCUGGAGCAAAAGGAUCGCGCUGAUAUUGCCGUCACUGCGGCGUCGGAAAAUCGGGGUGUCAAGACGGGUGCUGAAUAA